AUGCAAGUUGGCAAAAAACGUGACGAAAAGUCAGAUAUUUAUAGUUUGGGCGUAAUAUUCUGGGAACUUACAAGUGGAACCGCCUCGUUUGGGAGUUUUGACAAUAAAUUAGCCAUUUGUUGUCAUAUAUCAAAAGGGCUUCGGGAAGAAACAAUUGCUGGAACACCAUCGAAAUUUUCAGAACUUUAUAAAAAAUGCUGGGAUAGUGAUCCGCAGGGAAGACCGACGCCUAGCGAAAUUUUGACGACUCUUGAUAAAAUAUCAAAAGAAACAAGUGUUGAAUUUAUUAUAAAUACUAAUCAGCGACCUGUACCUAUUUUAACGAAUAACAGUUCACAGAUGUUUAGAGAAACUAGCUCAUCAAAAAAAUCUUUAUCUAGAUCAAUAAUCAACUUCACGCGUUCUUCGCAGAAGAUGCUAGAUGCAAGGGUUCAAGGACUAAUUUUUUAUGAGGCGAACAACUAUGAAGGAUCUCUCAGUCUUUUAAGUAAAUCAUCAAAAAUUAAUCCAGAUGAUACAGAUGCAUUAAAAUAUCGAGGAUUAACUUUAAACUGA